GAAGCACCGCUCUGAGAAGACUAAAUAUACUAGCACAAAAAAUUAUUAAAGACUCAUAUCCCAGGAUUUAUAAAUCGUACAGUGACUUAUUAAUAAAAUGAAAGUGUCUAUUAAAAAACUAUUUAUAAUAUACUUGUGUUAAGACUGAUAUUUUCCACAAAUGUGCGAUUAUGUGUAAAUCCAUGUUGGUAUAAAAUUGUGUUAUUUUGUGACUUUUACAAAAGUGCUGGGAAGUGAAAUAGAUUUUUUGAUUUAUUCUGUAGAUUUUUAAUUAAAAUUGUAAAAAUGGUUGCUGGAGCUACAGUAGCACCUUUGUCUGGUGCAGCGGUGGUCAAUGAUGUUACAAAUGAGCCACAGAAACGUGCCAGCGAUAAUAGAAGGAGUAAUAAACCAAUCAUGGAAAAAAGAAGACGAGCUCGUAUCAAUAACUGCUUGAACGAACUUAAGACAUUGAUUUUGGAUGCCAUGAAAAAAGACCCUGCUCGUCAUUCAAAAUUGGAAAAAGCAGACAUUCUAGAAAUGACUGUUCGACAUUUAGAGUCCUUGCAAAGACAACAAACCGCUUUAGCCACUGCCGCCGAUCCAGGUGUUAUGAAUAAAUUCCGUGCCGGAUAUGCACAAUGUUGCGGUGAAGUGAGUAGGUUUCCUGGUUUGGAACCUGCUGUUCGGAGGCGAUUGAUGCAACACUUAGCAGGUUGCUUGGUCAAUGCUACUAAUGGAAAUGCUAAUAGAAAAUCACCGACAACUGUACAAGAUGAAACUCCAGAAUCCAAUCAGAAUCAGGUCCACAUUCUGCCAGCACCAGAACCUGCCCAACAAAUCCACCUAUCAGCCCAUGCGGGUGGAUCAGUUUUUGUUACCACAUCUGGCGGUCAAGGAGUACAGCUCUUGCCAACACGUUUACCAAAUGGUGACAUUGCUUUGGUGUUGCCUGCAUCAAAAGUACCUCAACAGCAAACUCCUACGCCACAAAUGGUUCCGCAAGUGAACCCACAACCAACAGCUAACUCUUCUCCAAGCUCGUCACCAAACACGCGCUUGAUACCAAAUUUAGCACAACUACAUCCAUCAAUGCAAACACCUAAUGUUACUCAUCAAGUAUACGCUGAACAACAUGCAGCUUCUCCAAAUGGCAUGCAUAUGAAUCAGAGAUUAAGCCCAAAUGUUAUCCAACAGCAGAAUGUAGUGAUGGUGAAUCAAUACCAAAACGUAGUCAAACAAAAUUUGACAGUGCCACAAGCAACUUCAGUGAUUGUGCCUACACUUUUAACCGUUCCUCAAAGAACGAGUUCUACCCAUUCGGCAAGCAGUGGCUCCUGCAGUCCAGCUUCAUUCUGCUACGUCAGCCCACCAACUCCUCCAAAAUCUAGCCAUAGUGGAGAAACUCCAGAUCGGUCGACAUUCUCUCCCGAAAUUAACAAUCACGAAUCGCGGGUGGCAUUCCAAAAACAAUGCACACCCGAUAUUGACGUGGAGGAGAGGUUGAAUCAACUUAAUCGCGUAGCUGAUGGUUUACAAGGUGCCUCCGGGGAAAUGCAUAGAGAACACAAAAGACCUAGGCAUCAUUUGUUACAGAGACCCGAAAGCCCCCAGGGUCCGAUUUCUUUGGUCGUUCGCAAACAAAAAACUUACAAAGCCGCUGAAGAUGAAACGAAUCCUUGUUGGAGACCCUGGUAAUUAGUGGAAAUUUUUUAAUCAUUUAUAUGAUAAAAUUCUGAUCAUCAAAUUUUAUUUUAAUUAUAUUUUAAAUUAAAUGUUCUUGAGUGAUAUAAAAAUUAUAAGUUUUUUUGAAAAGUCGUGAUUUGAUAUUGAUUACUGCGCGUAAAGA